GGCCUGCGCGGGGCGCGCGAUCCCCCGACGCGGGGCCAUCUGGAGCGCAGCCCCUCCCGCUGCGGCGUCGGGCCACUCGGGGGAGCUCGGGCCGGCGGGUGGAGGCGGAGGAAGGCUCUGGGGCCGGAUGAGGGGGAGGGGCGCGCGCCCGAGCCGAGUGGCCGGGGUUGGCCGAAGCUUUUCCUGGGGGCUACCUACUGGGGGCACCGCUGGGUGCUAGCCGGCUCUGGGCUCGUCGGACCCGGAGUGGGAGGGCGACUCCGCCCUGCAGAACUCUGGUUGGCUGGCGCGGGCGCUGGGCGUGGCGUGUGCGCGCGCCUGCGGACUCUGGUUGGCUGGCGCGGGCGCUGGGCGUGGCGUGUGCGCGCGCCUGCCGGGUUCUGGUUGGCGGGCGCGGGCGCCUGCCGGGUUCUGGUUGGUGGGCGUGGGCCCUGGGCGUGGCGUGCUCGUUCCUGCAGGACUCUGGUUGGCUAGCGCGGGCGCUGGGCGUGGGUGUGCUCGCUGGGAGUGAAAUCUGAGCUCUCAAAGCCCGGGGAGAACCAUUGCUUGGGAGCGCGCUGGCCAAUCUGGGCGGGCGGAGGCCGGCGUUUAAAGCGUUCCCUGUAAACAAACCCGGUUCCCUUUUGCAGAGGGGGAGUGCUGCAGAGUGUGCUGCCGGUGGCAGAAGAUGCCGAGCACCGACCUUCUGAUGUUGACCUUUGAGCCCUACUUUGAGAUUCUGGAGGUAUAUUCCACAAAGGCCAAAGAUUAUGUCAAUGGGCAUUGCACCAAGUACGAGCCCUGGCAGCUGAUUGCCUGGAGCGUCCUGUGGACCCUGCUGGUCGUGUGGCUCUACGGGUUUGUCUUCCAGCCUGAGAGUUUGUGGUCACGGUUUAAGAAGAAAUGUCUGCGGCUCUGCAGGAGGAUGCCUGUCGUAGGCCGAAAGAUCCAGGAAAAGGUGAACAAGGCCAAGGAUGACAUUAAUAAGAACAUGUCCUUCCUGAAAGUGGACAGAGAGUACGUGAAGGCACUCCCCACACAGGGCCUGAGCUCGACUGCCGUGCUGGAGAAACUCAAGGAGUACAGCUCCAAGGAUGCCUUUUGGCAAGAAGGGCGUGCCUCGGGGGCAGUGUACAACGGGGAGGAGAAACUGACGGAACUCUUGGUGAAGGCUUAUGGAGAUUUUGCUUGGAGCAAUCCACUGCAUCCAGAUAUUUUCCCAGGACUGCGUAAGAUAGAGGCGGAGAUUGUAAGGAUAGCAUGCUCUCUGUUCAAUGGGGGACCUGAUUCCUGUGGAUGUGUGACCUCUGGAGGGACCGAAAGCAUCCUGAUGGCUUGCAAAGCGUAUCGGGACAUGGCCUUGGCGAAUGGGAUCAAGACUCCAGAAAUAGUGGCCCCCGUAAGUGCCCACGCCGCGUUCGACAAAGCAGCCAAUUAUUUUGGGAUGAAGAUUACACGGGUGCCGCUGAACAAAAUGAUGGAGGUGGAUGUCCGGGCCAUGAGAAGAGCCAUCUCCAAGAACACCGCCAUGCUCGUCUGCUCCACCCCGGGCUUUCCUCACGGUGUGAUGGACCCUGUCCCCGAAGUGGCCAAGCUGGCGGUCAAAUAUAAAAUACCUCUUCACGUCGAUGCUUGCUUGGGGGGCUUCCUCAUCGUCUUCAUGGAGAAAGCAGGGUACCCAUUGGAGCAGCCAUUUGACUUCCGGGUGAAGGGGGUGACCAGCAUUUCAGCUGAUACUCACAAGUAUGGCUAUGCCCCCAAGGGCUCGUCGGUGGUGCUGUACAGUGAGAAGAAGUACAGGAACUACCAGUUCUUCAUUGCCACGGACUGGCAGGGCGGCAUCUAUGCCUCCCCCACCAUCGCGGGCUCGCGGCCGGGCGGCAUCAGCGCAGCCUGCUGGGCCACCCUGAUGUACUUCGGUGAGAGCGGCUAUGUGGAAGCCACCAAACAGAUCAUCAAAACCACUCGCUUCCUCAAGUCCGAACUGGAAACCAUCAAAGGCAUCUUCGUGGUGGGGAACCCCCAGGUGUCCGUCAUCGCCCUGGGCUCCCGGGACUUCGACAUCUUCCGACUCUCUAACCUGAUGACUGCCAAGGGCUGGAACCUGAACCAGCUGCAGUUCCCGCCCAGCAUCCAUUUCUGCGUCACCUUGGUGCACACCAGGAAGCGAGUUGCCAUCCAGUUCCUGAAGGACGUCCGGGAAUCCGUCACUCAGAUCAUGAAGAACCCGAAAGCGAAGACCACAGGAAUGGGCGCGAUCUACGGCAUGGCCCAGACAGUCGUCGACAGGAACCUGGUGGCAGAAUUGUCCUCGGUCUUCCUGGACAGCCUUUUCAGCACAGACACUGUGACCCAGGGCAGCCAGAUGAAUGGUUCUCCCAAACCCCGCUGAGCCUGGAGCCUCUCGAAGGUUCUGGGGUGUCGACCAAGCCACACAGUUCCGACAUCCGGUGUUGCCCCACCGAGCACAAGAAGUGAGAUCACGAGACCGCUCGAUGCUCAGGAUUCUUCCUCUUCUUCCUCCUCCUUUCGUGGGUUUGAAUGUGAAUGCCCCGAAGGGUCCUAUUUCAUAAUGGUUCUGCCCUUCCCGUGAGCGUUGCCCCUGGAAUGAUUUUGACCAGACCCCUCUCUAACCUCCUCUAGCUUUCAGCUUCACUUAAUCACUGUGUGGACAGCUCUGGGCUGUCUUGAUUUCUUUGGGAAGCCGGAGUACGGUGGAUGAGACAGAUUUUCUUCCUUAUUUCAGACUUGGCUAGUCAGGUGAGGAGCGUGUUGGGUGCCGUGUCUUCCCAGGUGGGUGUUAGCCCUACCCAGAGCUCGGGGGCCUUUUCUCCUCUUUGUUUUUCUCAGGCUGGUUAGUUGUCUCCGAUACCGGCACUGUUAUUCCCUCUGAUAGGCCCCUCCCGGAGCACAGACCGGCUGCCCUGCCGCGCAGUCUGCGUGGUCUUGCUGACCUCUCUCCUCCGAGGCAGGGCCGGGGGCAGUUCUUGCCCUGCUGCUGCGCUUCUAGUCCCAUGUGACACUUGGCCACUGCCGUAUCUGGAGGUCUUCGUUGAGAUGAUGUUUGCCGUGCUUUGUUCCUGUCUUGUGGACUAGGAAGAGAUGGCGGUUUCCAAGGGACUCGGGCCUGCCUUGGGGCCGGUGAUGUUGGGAAGCCCAGACUCGUCCACAUGUCUCUCCAUGACACGUAGAGAGAACGCCAGGUUGCGUCUCUGCCCCUGGAGCUGUGGGGGCGGGGGGAGGGGGCUCUCCUUCCCCUUCGCACCGUCAUUAUGAGAAUAAUCAUUCUGAGAGUGUGUGUGCUUGACCGGGAGCUGCCUCGCCCCCCGGCGGGUGCGACAGGCGUGAGAACUCCAGGCAGAGGCAGUCUCCUCCCCCUGCCAGUGCUCCCGACUCUUCCCUCGACUCGGCUCCCCAUGGUACAAUGGCAGUUGAGCCUCUGGUACUGGACGCUUCGAGCCCGGGCUCGGAGGGGAGAGUUGCUUUGGAACGGGAAAACGAGCGUGUGUCUGCCACCUCGAGCUGUCAAGGGAAUAGUCGCUCAGGGUGGCGCAGGGCCAGGGCCACGCCCUGUGCCCGGGCCACGCCCUGUGCCCGCUUCCUGCCUGCCUUCUCUCCCGCGGGCCCUGACCUCGGUGGACCCCUGCCCAUCUCCGAGGGUGACCUACUGUGUGCCUUUUCCUCAGCAAUACACAGUGUGGGGCCUGCCCUGACCCGGGACCCCCGUCUGUGACGUUCUCACGUGGGUAAGGGAGUACUUAGGAUAAGGAGAAAUGUUCCUCUGUUCCAUUAUCCUUCUCAGGGACUCCCGGUCACUGGCCUCUUCAGGCUGGUGUCCUUUGGCCGCUGCCUGCCCCCCUUCCCAGCCCCAGAACGCUGGCCAGCAGAGCCAAUGUGGCCGGACCCCACUCCUCUCCCCCCCCCCUCCCCCCGGCUCCUUAGCACUGUACUGACACGGAACUGUGACUGGCUGGGCCAGUUGUCCACCUGGUGGGCACCUACUGAAAGAGGAGCCGUGUCGGUGCUGGGCAGGCCUCACCCCCCCGGGGCCCAGGACGUCCCAGCAGGCACCACGGCACUGGCCAGCUGCUCAGAGAAGCACGUCGUGCCCUUCAGAGCGAGCUGUGGCUCCCGGUGCCCGGGGCGCCCCUCCGGCUGUCGGGGUCACUGCUGCGGGGCUCACGGCCCUCGGUGAGCUCCUUUGGCGUGCCUUAGAUCAGCGUGUCUGGCGGGUGGGGGGACAGCCCGGUCCUAUCCUGUUGCUGAGGAGAGGUCCCCCGGCCCCUGCGGAAACCACCUGCCGUGCCUGCCUUAGAGUCGCCGUGUGCGGGCACCGCCCAGCCACUUUUAAUAUUACUGGUUUUAUACUUGGAAAUGGUACUUGCCUCUUCGUGAAUCUUCUUCGUCUUUAACCCCCUCCCUUUCCCAUCUCAGUGCGCCCUUCCUAACUGCAGCAAUAAUCUCUUUGAAAGCAAUUAAGUCAUUAAAUAUCCCAAAUCUUAAUCAUGGUUGUCUGCUAUGUGUGUUCAGGCAGAUCCCAGAUAAGGGUAGGGGGGGCCUGGAACAGCCGCCUGUGAGGGCUCGCCCCCUGGUGGUGAGACAGUCGCACUUCCCUGCGGGUACUGGGGCCCUGGAAGGAAAGAUCUCGAUGAGAUUUCCGGGUAGUGCUCCCAGGAAAGCACUCAUUACUUGGAGUAGCAGGUCCCAGUCACGGGUGCUUUCUUGGCCUGCUCUGCCCCGAGUCCUAAGGCGAGUGGGACGCAGCUCUCAAGCUCCCUUUGUGGUCCUCCUCAUCAUGCAGGGGUGCGGCCUCCAGGCUGGCGGCCACACCCAGGCCUCGCACCCUGUGCUCGGUCUGGGGGCUGAUGGAAGCCUCGCAUUAGCCUUGUACGCGUAGCUGCUUGGCGUGCUGCUCCAUUGCCACCGGAAGCGGGAACUCUCCCCAGAGGGUUUCUCGGUAACCAGCUUUCCCGGCGUGGCCCUGAGGCCACCUCAGCUCUCCCAGAACCCGGCUGACGAUGGCCACGUCUGCAGUGGUUUCCUGCCAUGCCGACCCCGGGAGACCAAAUGGACUCAGGCCGGCAGGGCGGCUUCUGCCCACUCCCUGCGGCUGGGGGCACCUGGGCCUUCUCUGCUGAGCUGCUCUGAGCCGCCCACCCAGUCCCAACAGAGGUACUGAUGACGCCUGUCGGGCAAACACACGUCAGGGGUUUCGGAGGAUUUUUUUUCCCUUGACUUGGAGUCUUAAUUGCUUCCUUGUUUCUUGUAUUUCUUUUUCAUAAUCUACCCUCAAUAUCUGCUUGUAUAAUUUUCAGUUACCUGCAUUAAUUUUAGAAUAAAUGUAUUUAUUUCUAAGCACGCGUUGCUGGUGUCUUUGUCCUACUUGCAGGCACCUCCUUCUGGGUUGGCGCUUUGCAACCUUUGAGCCUGGCGAGGAGGCAGAUGAUGUGGCACGGUCUGUACCUCAGCCCUGGUGGCUCUGGGGCCGGGACCUGCAGCCACUGGGUCGAAGCGGACUUAGAGGCUCACGGGGCGGGCGCUUGCCUUGGACAUCUGAGCUGGUUUUGAUCCCAGCAUUUCAUACGGUCCCCUGAGAUCCACUAGGAAUAAUUCCUGAGUGCAGGGUGAGGAACCACCCCCGAGCACCGCCAGGUGGGACCCAAAAACCAAAAGCAAAAGAAGUGGAAAAGAUCGGGCAUCACCCUCUGAGCCCUGCUGGCGUGGACUGUCAGCUUUGCCAACACAGGUGCUGCUCAUCCUUUGGAGCAGAAAGGCUGCGAAGGGGCCCUACGGUCCUCCCGAGUGACGGUCUGUUACUUCCCUACCAGCACCUUUGCCUUCACUUCUGACUUGACCAGUUCGUGCAGGGGGAUGGGGCUGUGACAGUGCUGGAUGCAGCCCGCCCUUCCUCCCUGCCUUCUCUCCCAUCUCCUUUCCUCCCUCCGUCUGUUCGUCCAUCUAUCCUGCCUCCCUCCCUCUUGGCUAUGUUGAGGAUUCACCCCCGGCGGUGCUCAGACUGUAGGUGGUGGUGCUCAGUGCUCAGGAUGAGGCCAGAGCCCGCCAUGUUCUCUCGGGCCCCUUUGGCUCAUUUCUUCUCCAUGUUGCUGGCAGUAAUGCAGCCUGUCCUGCCUA